AUGGCGACGAGCCACCUUGUUCGGGCCAUGAGGCCGAUGCACUCCAUUGCAACGCCCCGGAGCCUGGCACGCUCCAGCGUCAUUUUUUCAACUCUUCCUCUGCGACAAAGUGUUCGCUACAACUCCUAUACACCUACUGAAGCUACACAAGAACCUGUGACCGCGUCCCCAACCUCUUCUGCCCCUUCGACAUCGACAUCACCGCUCCACCCAACAGACCUCAAGCCGCCUACUCUGCUUCGCGACUAUGCCUCCAAAACCAAGAGUGGCACUGUUGUCUCUGUCGGUCGCAUGGAUCGCACUGUGACGGUGGUCUAUCGCUCCAGCGAGUGGGACAAGCAUGUUCGGAAAUACUACCGCAAGGAUGUCAAGAUUCUCGUUGCCGAUCCCCAAAACUCCCUCCGCAAGGGCGACGUGAUUGAGUUUUCUUCCGGUGCACCCAAGAGCCGCCGUGUGCAUCAUGUGGUGGAGCGGAUUAUCACACCUUUUGCCGUGCCAAUUGAGGAUCGACCGGCUGUUAUGACCAGAGAAGAGCGGGAGCAGGAGCGUGAGAAGCGCUGGGCUGCCAAGUACGUUCGCCGCGAGUCGAGGCGGUUGGGAGAGGAUAUCAACUUGGAGGCUGUUGCUCUGGAACAAGGAUGUGUGCAGGAGGGGGAAUCGCUGUCGACCGCCGAGUUGAUUCAUCGUAUCUUCCAGGGUGAGGAGCGCGUCGGCAAGGUGAAGAAGCUGGUGCAACAGCGACUCGAUGAGGUGCGAGCUUGA